AUGAAGCUCUUCCUGCCCACCCUCGUCGCCUCCGUGGUGCUCAUGCUUAGCGGUGGUGCUGACGCUCUGAACGUAAAAAUGCCCGGCGCCAACUAUAACUCGCGCAAGGGUCCGGAUUGGGCUGCUGACAGCGCCAAGUGCAAGACCGCGUCCGAAGUGCAGAAAGACAUGUACGCCUUGAAGGGUAUCACUGACAAGGUUCGCAUCUAUUCGCUGGUGGACUGCAAUCAAGCCGAACUCGUUCUCCCGGCUGCCAAGAAUGCAGGACUGAAGGUGCACCUAGGUGUCUGGACGACCAAGAGCCACGAUUACCUUCUUCAGGAGAAGGCCAAGCUGGUUAGUCUCAUUGAUUCGGGUCUGUACGACGACAACGUCAUUGGUCUUCACGUGGGAAGUGAGACCAUUUACCGCAAGGAAAUUAACGCAGACACCGCCAUCAGCUACAUGAAGGAAAUCCGCGACUACAUCCGCGGUCGUGGCAAGAACACGCCCGUCAGUAUCGCCGAUGUUAUUGACAUCUAUAACGCCAACCAACAGCUCAUUGAUGCGGUGGAUUACGUCUCUGUCAACCAGUUCUCCUUCUGGGAACGCGCUGAUUUCAACGAAGGUGCUGCCAUCACCCUCGAUCGCCUCAAGAACCUGCGUGUGGCUGCUGCCAACAAGGGCAAGAAGGUCGUCAUCUCGGAGACGGGCUGGAGUUCUGGUGGCUCGGAUCCUGCUGCCGGCGUCGCUUCGCCUGAAAACCAGGCCAAAUUUUUCUCGGACUUCUACCAGAUGGCUCGUUCCCACGACUUCGACUACUACUGGUACGUCGCGUUCGACUCCAAAUGGCGAGUCACGAAUGGUGGCAAGGAGGUUGAAGCCGAUUUCGGCAUUUUCCAGGAGGAUGAUGUCAUGAAGAGCAACUUCCAGCAGCUCACUAUCGGGUGGAAGGAUCCCCGUGCUAUCCGAAACGCUGGCACCAACUUACUACUGUCCGAAAAAGACGGCAACGUGUACAUGUCGAGCAAGUCUUCCGACUGGCUCGUUCAGGAGCAGCAGGUGUGGUUCUUCGACUCGGCUACUCAGCAAGUCCGCUCCAAGAGCAGUGACCGCUGCCUGGACGCCUACCAGGCUUGGGACGGUGGUAUUGUGCACGUGUUCCGUUGCUUGGAUAAUGAGGCCAACCAGAAGUGGACAUUGGAAAGCGAGACUGGCAAGCUGAAGCAUGCGAGACAUCAGGGCUUCUGUCUGGACACUGACCCUGCACAGGGCAACAAACUGCAGCUGUAUGGAUGCUCGCCAAACAACCCGAACCAAAAGUGGAGCAUUAUUGACCCCGCCACCAUCUAA